AUCUCACAUAAUUAAUCUCUUCUCUUCAAUCUUCCUCCUCUCUCUCUUCUAAUUUUCCACUCUCAAGUGCCCUAUACUACAUCAAGGAAGAAAACCGAAGAUGAUGGAAAUUGCAUCCACCAACUACUUGCCUGAAUUUGAAUUGGAGUAUCCAACCUUCUUUGAUCAAUACCCAAUGGAUUCUUUUGCAUGCCCACCACUUGAUGACUUUGACUUUGAAUCUUUCUCAGGGUCCCCAGAGAGCAAUUCCUCCUAUCAGUUCAACUCCGAAAGCACACCAAAUUGUUUCCCAGUUGAAAGUCUUGAUCAGUCUUAUUCUCCUGCAAGACCAAUUACCAAGAGGCUCAAGAAAUUCAGUACCUUGAACACUACUUGUGCCGGUGACCUAACACCACACAAGGUUUCUGCUUCUCCAUACUCCCAACUAAUUUCCUUUGGCCACUUUAAUGCCCCAUCAGGUGCUCCCAAGCAAUUUGACAACUAUGUAAAGCCUAAAAUCGAGAACACGUAUAGUGAGAACAUGGAUUUUUCAGCCUUCGUUUCUCAAGGUUCAUAUGAGGACAAAAGUUUCCUAUCUUCUGAUAAUCUAACGAAUCAGCCUGUUAUAACUACUCGGAACCCAAUCCAAGCCCAAGAGCACGUAAUAGCUGAAAGAAAACGAAGGGAAAAACUAAGCCAGAGAUUCAUCGCUCUUUCUGCCAUCCUUCCUGGCCUCAAGAAGAUGGACAAGGCUUCUGUGUUGGGAGAUGCUAUCAAGUAUGUGAAACAACUACAAGAGCGCGUGCAAACUCUGGAGGAGCAAGCAGCGAAGAGAACAGUUGGAUCUUCAGUCCUGGUGAAAAGAUCUAUUCUCUUCGCCGACGAUGACGAUUCUGACAGCCACUUCGACCAUUCACUCCCCGAAAUCGAAGUCAGAGUUUCUGGAAAAGACGUACUCAUCAGAACACAAAGCGACAAACACAGUGGACUUGCUGCAGUGAUUCUCAGCGAAUUAGAAAAGCUUCAUUUCAUGGUCCAAAGUAGCAGCUUUUUGCCCUUCGGCAAUAACAAAAUUGACGUAACUAUUAUUGCUCAGAUGAACAAGGAAAAGUGCAUGACAGCAAAGGAUCUCCUAGGAAGGUUAAGAGAGGCUUUGAGUCAGUUGAUUUGAUAUGGCAAAACAAGUUCAAGGAAUAUAUUUAUGAGUGAUGUGCAUGAUUACAAGAAUAAGUUAAGUCAACAAUGAUUUUUAUCGCAGUGCUUUGUUUUUCCUUUUUCUUCCAUGAUGUGGAUUCUGGAGUUAAAUAUGAAGGGCCUGCGGUUAUCUGUUGUUGGCAUAGGGUUUACAUGGGUUUGUUGUGCUGUGAGGUGUGGGGAGUUUCAACAGAAACAGAUGAUGCCAUUGCCAGAGUGUUUUGUUCUGUUGUUUUUUGCGUAGUUGAUUGGUAGGCUAUGUUUCCCCACACCAGAAUAGCAUUUUCAAAUCUAGAUACUUUUUUUCCCCCACAUCAAUCAAGAGGGGUUUUUUAGAGGCUUUGACUUACAAUAUAGAGCUCUUUCUUCUUUGUUCUCCUGUUGUGAAAAAGGUUUCGGAUUCAUAGAUACUAAAUAUCGGGCACUUUAUUUAAAUUUGUUCAUGUUGUCGUUUUGUGUUCUGUUAAUGUUAACUUUUGUAUAAAAUUAUUCUGCUUGUAAUAGCGACUUAAGGACAAGUUGGUGUAUUUUCUUAAUAUAUUUUAUACCGUUUUGUUGCAUAUC